CACUUCCGGGUUGGGCCAUAACCUGGAGCCGGCGGCGUAGUUUGGCUCUCUAGGGCUUCACCCUUAAGCUCCGCCUUCGCUCCCGUCUUUCUGGAAACACGGCUUUGAUCUCGGGACAGCGUUGCAGACGCUAGUGUGAGCCCAUGGCAGAUACGACCCCGAACGGCCCCCAAGGGGCGGGCGCUGUGCAAUUCAUGAUGACCAAUAAACUGGACACGGCAAUGUGGCUUUCUCGCUUGUUCACAGUUUACUGCUCUGCUUUGUUUGUUCUGCCUCUUCUUGGGUUGCAUGAAGCAGCAAGCUUUUACCAACGUGCUUUGCUGGCAAAUGCUCUUACCAGUGCUCUGAGGCUGCACCAAAGAUUACCACACUUCCAGUUAAGCAGAGCAUUCCUGGCCCAGGCUUUGUUAGAGGACAGCUGUCACUACCUGUUGUAUUCACUCAUCUUUGUAAACUCCUACCCAGUUACAAUGAGUAUCUUCCCAGUCUUGUUAUUCUCUUUGCUUCAUGCUGCCACAUAUACGAAAAAGGUCCUUGAUGCAAGGGGCUCAAAUAGUUUACCUCUGUUGAGAUCUGUCUUGGACAAACUAAGUGCUAAUCAACAAAAUAUUCUGAAAUUCAUUGCUUGCAAUGAAAUAUUCCUGAUGCCUGCCACAGUUUUUAUGCUUUUUAGUGGUCAAGGAAGUUUGCUCCAACCUUUUAUAUACUAUAGAUUUCUUACUCUUCGAUAUUCGUCUCGAAGAAAUCCAUAUUGUCGGACCUUAUUUAAUGAACUGAGGAUUGUUGUUGAACACAUAAUAAUGAAACCUGCUUGCCCACUGUUUGUGAGAAGACUUUGUCUCCAGAGCAUUGCCUUUAUAAGCAGAUUGGCACCAACAGUUCCGUAGUUUAACAUCUAGUUAAGCUACAAAUAUAGUAUAAGCAUUAUUAGCAGCUGGUACUUCUGCUAGGGGUUGUAAAUUCCAGGUGUUACACUGACCUCAAUCCAAUUUACAUAAUUUACAUAAAUGCAUCUCAGUGGAAAAAUAAUCAUUUUCUUGGCAUGUUAAAUCAAGCUUAAAAAGUUUUGAGAAAAUUUUACUGCGCUGUGUUGCUAAUGGUUAAAAAGUCUGUAUCUAGUGAUACACAUACCAAUUUUUUAAAAAAGAUGCUGUUGUGCCUAUAUCAUGAAGUACAUUUAUUUCUCUUGUAAAAAUAGCUCUAAAAUUUGUUUCAACCGAAUUGGUAACCUGAGUUUAUAUCUGGCAUGAGUUCAUUAUGGUCAUAAACAUAUGUGAAUUCAGUACAUUUUGAGACAGUAUUCUAUCAUUCAGUAAUUUUGGUUAACGAUUUUAACACUUCUCCGUGUAUUUAAUUUCAAAUUGUUUUUUAAUUGCUUUUAUGCUGCUUUGUUAGGACAGAUGUGUUUUGAAUGUACUAUUAUAAGAAGAAUUCUGUGUAUCUUAAACUACGACCUUCUAAAAUUUUAUUUCCAUAAGUACUUCUGUGGCCUUGAGUAUUUUUUAAAAGGCUCAACUGUAAGCCUCUUAGCCAACUGGAUAAAUAUUUGGGGUCACCUUGCCAUUGAAAGCAGAAAGCAGUUGUGACACAGCUUUCCCUUCAGAGAGCCAUUGAGAAACAGUUCUCAAAUAGGAAAUCCUUCUUUUACUAAUGCGGACAUAUAGAUUAUUCGUAUUAUAGUUUGUAGAACUACCUAGUUCAGAAUCUUGACUGCCAGUUUUCUUGGUUUCUUAGGCUUAAAUUUUCAUUGACCAUUGAAACAGUUUAGAUGCCUUUUGAAAGGAAUGUAACGAAGAUUUAGCCUCUGACUAUAUGUGUGUCUCUUCUGAAAUAAUAAUGGAGAGUAUACUGUAGAUUACAUGUUUACCCAUCAAAUCUGACUUAAAAGGUUAAAUGGAAGGUUUUAUAAGUAAGGUAAUUGAUUGGAAUGGAGUAGGGGGAGGAGUUGUGGGGGAAUAGUGUGCAUUUCAGUCUCUUAAUGCAUAGAUAAAUUUAGGGGAAUUGGAUGUAUUAUGCCACUUUGAUUUGGGUUGUAAAAUGUGUUAAAUCCUGUUCAUUGAACUCCCAUCAACUCUUUUAUAAAAUACAUGCUGAUCUUCGUUACCGUUGCAUGAUUGGAAAUGUUUAAAACAUUGUACAGUUUUAGUACAGAGUAGUGUAAUGGUUUUUGUGACCAGUUUUUUUCUGCAUGUAAUUUGAAUUUCUCAAAUACAUUCAUUAGUAAUUUAUCAGUAACAUUAGUUUUAUUUUUGUUCAUCUUCCUAAUCUAUAAAAAGGGGAUAUUCUUAGGAUAAAUACAUGAAAAAUUAUACUUGAUAGCUUAACUAUAAUCAGCUAUUUUUGUAUUUUUGUAAUAUUUGUCCACAAAGUUGGAGAAGCAGCCUCAUAAUAUACAGUUGAUUUUGUGUGUAUGUGGCUAGUCUUAUUGUCACUGUAUAAGUAAUCUAAUGGUUUUAGAAACUAAAUUUUCUAGAGCAAUAAAAUGACUAUAAUGUUAAGUAAA